ACGCGGCCUCCCUCCGCUCGGGGCGCAUGGCUUCCCACGCCCCCUCCGCAGCGCCGUGUGGGCGGAGUGACUGAUACGCAGCGGCGCAGGCCGCACAGCCGUAGGCCAUUUUCCGGCUGCUGCUCGCUUCUUGCCCUUUCCAGCGGCCGCUGCCGGGCACCGGAUGGCUUCGGGUUCAAUGAUUAUCAGUAUGAAAUAUGGCCUAGACAGAACCAAAUGAAGAUGGAGAGAAUUCUUAUAAUGAUUCCACAAUACUCCCUUGUCACAAGUUGUUGCUUCAAUUGUCUUUGAUCCACUGCCUCUACUGCUCUUUUGUCAUAGUACAAUGGCUUACAAGUUUGCAGCUCAAAGUUUUCUUCAAAAAUUAAAGCUUCUGUUAAUUAUUGUUAGUCUUAGCUCUAUUGUUACUUGGCUGGCAACCAAUAAUGUGCAGGAGCUGGUAAAGGAAAUUCAGCACCAACCUGUGAUACCUAGAUUUUGGAAGAUGACAAACCGGAGUGAAGAACAGAGGGCAUCAGUGUGUCCACCUUGCACACCAAAAUUAACUCCAACUGCAUCACAUUUGCCAUUGUGCCCAUUUCUAACACCAUAUCUACGUGGUGCAACAAAGCUAAAAUUUGACGUAAAACUCACCUUGGCACAAGUUCAGAAGAAAAAUCCAGAAGUACAGAAAGGGAUGUUUGCACCCCAAGAGUGCCACCCGCUUCAACGUGUUGCCAUAUUGAUUCCGUACAGGAAUCGGGAAAGACAUCUCUUGUAUUUACUUGAGCAUCUCCAUCCAUUCCUACAACGGCAGCUUCUGGAUUAUGGGAUAUAUAUUAUUAAUCAGGCUGGUAAUAGUAAAUUUAAUCGAGCCAAGCUGUUGAAUGUGGGUUUCCUGGAAGCACUAAAGGAGCGCAAGUGGGACUGUUUCAUUUUUCAUGAUGUUGAUCUUGUACCGGAGAAUGACUUCAACCUGUACCUCUGUGACAACGUGCCAAAGCACCUCGUAGUGGGUCGGAAUGCUACUGGAUACAGGAUUCGGUAUGCUGGUUAUUUUGGUGGAGCAACAGCUUUGACUACGGAGCAGUUCAAGCAAGUCAAUGGGUUUUCCAACCGUUACUGGGGCUGGGGUGGAGAAGACGAUGAUCUUCGGAUAAGAGUUCAACUGCAAAAAAUGAAAUUUGUGCGCCCCCCUAGUGAAAUUGCCAGAUACACGAUGACUUUCCACACAAGAGACGAAGGAAAUGAGGUCAAUCGUGAUAGAAUGAAGCUUCUGAGUGAAGUCUCCCAAAGAUGGAGGAAAGAUGGUUUGAACACCUGCUCCUACAAUGUGAUAUCACAAGAUCAUAAUCCUUUGUACAUUAACAUCACGGUGGACAUAGGUGAUUCCCAUCGCAGUCCAGGAGUUGCUCACUAAGUGGAGAGCAGUUACUUUCAUUAAUGGCUUUUAGAUUGUUGACUGUUCUUCAGCCAUUGUACUGAUUAUUCUUUUGAGAUAAAUGAUCAAGUCUUUGGGAUGUUAAAAUGCAAUAAUUCCUCGAUAAAUGACAUUUUAUAUGUUGCUAGAGAAUCUUCGUGAAUGAACUAUGUGCAAUAUGUCUAGACAAUUUUUUUAAACUGACAAGUUUAAUGUUAUGGUUGGGCAAACACAGAAAUGAAAUAUUCACAUUUAAUAUGUGUGUUACGAACUUCUAAGUUGAAUCUUUCAAAUCCUAAUGGCAAGGUGAGAGAACUUUCACCAUAAAGCCUGGUGCUUCAAGAUGUUCACUCAUCAAUGCCUUCUCAGCUAGAGAUAGAUAAUAAUUGUGAUGUCCUUAGUCCAAAAAUAAAUAAUACUCUUAUUGUUUCAAUUGGGUGGGUAUUUGCAUAAAGAUUUUGGACAUUACUGUGGGUGCAACUUUUAUUUUAGGAGGACAGAUAAGCUUUUUACUAACCAUUGGUGAUUUUCAUCAUGGUAAUUACUGUCAGCUGCUAGUAACUGGAGAAACAUAGCAACAGCUAGCUCUUUACAAUCAUGAGGCAGUACUUACCAUUCUGUUAUCAUGAGUGAACUUCCUGCUGAGGUUUAUUUGUAAAUGUAAAAAUACAUCAAGUUAAAAUACUUAUAAAUGAAUUGCAGUUGAGAAGUCAAAACCCUUGUCCAAAAAAUUAUGACUUUAUGACUGAUGUUUUCAAAGAAUCUUGCAAAGUGUCAGCUGUCUACAGGUGAAGUUCACAGCUGGUCUUCCAUCAUUACUUUCUUCAUAUUUUCCUAGGGCAUUUAGGAAAAUGCUGCUUGCUGGUUUACAUUUUGAUUUACAUAUUUUACUAUAGAUUUCUUCACCAUUCUUCCACCAAAGUUAUUUCAACAAUUUGACCAAAGUAAAAAUCUUUAGAUUUGUCAUCGGUACCCUUUGUAGACAGCUAAGUGAAUAUUAGAAAGGCAAGUUAAAUAAUUUAUUCCAAUUAAAACUUUGAAAAGAAUAAAUUUGACAUGGUUAGAUUUGCCUACAAUUUGCAAUAAUCCUUAAAUUGGUCUAUUGUAUAUGUACUUGAUCCUCUAAUGGUGAAUCCACCAUUAUCUGUUUCGCAGGUUUUAAAUUCUAGGAUUUUGCUAGUUCUCUUAUUAAGAGAAUAAGGAGAGAAAUAGAGGCAAUGAUUGCAAAUAUUAUGUAUCUGAGCAUUAGAAGAGAAGUCAGUAUAUUGAAUAUUUAUCUUUUUAUCUCAACGUGUAUGUGAAUUGAAUCUAGACUUGGAGGAGAUCAUUAUACUCUGUCCUUUAGCUUGCUGUAAACAUUAUAUAGACCUGCAUCAGAAACAUGACAGUAAUUUGUAUUCUCAUUCAAGCUAUAAUUAUUGUGGGAGAUGGGGAGAAAAUUGGAAUAUUGAUGUACUGUUGUUGAGUCAAUAAUGCAUUGUAUACUUUUCUGUUUUUAAUUAGUGUCAAAGCUAGACUCAUUUUUUUAUUUUACAGCACAAUAUUGUAUCUUAAUGAGAAAAAUGGGAUACAAAAAUAUAAUUACUUAUCCCCAGAUACUUUCUUUGGAGUAUAGACAAAGGUGAAUUCUUUGAAUUUUCCAAUAUUGGAUAAAUUUUGCUGCAUCCCGUGCUCCCCCUGAUCCACUUCUGGUCCUCACGUUUUUGUAUGCUUUCCCAACUAGGCGCUGCUGUCCUCCCAUCAUCCACUUUUGUCCCCGUCCCUGUCCUAGUUCCAUCUACCCACUACCCACACAUUUUACCCAAUAGAUCUGCUCCCGUCCAAAAAGAAAAUCUGGUUUAGUCUGUCUGUCUCUCACCUAAUUGGUCCUAUUAACAUCCUCUUCACUUAGAUUACAGCAUUGAUAGGAUUCUGUCUAUCCUGACACCCUUCAAAACUCCAUCUUCCCCCCCUCCCGCCCCCACCGCAUCCCAUCUCCAAGGCAUCUGCCUUUUUCUGUGCUUGCCUUCAUCUCUCAUCAACCUUCCUCCUGCUUCCAGUUCCAUCCCUUCCUUACCUAGCUGUUUCUGUCCAUCAUCCACGGUCUAUCAAUCACCAGCUGGUCGGGGCUUCACCAUUUCUGACCUUUCUUCUUUAUACUGGCUAUCUUCCUUCCUCACUCUUUGUUCUGAUGCAGGUUUUUGACUUAAAACAUCAAAAAUUCAAUGCCUUCUCUGAUACCCCCUCACCUGCCCCAACAGAUGCUGCUCGACCAGCUGAGUUCCCCCAACAUGCUUUUGUUGCUCUAAAACCCAGGUGGUUAUGUGGUUUAUUCAGUGCAGAAAUUAUCAUGUUUUGCAGAUGUUUAAUGGCAGUGCAUCUUUAUGUGGAGCUAACACAAGUAAAGUUGCUAAUGGAGACACUGAUUAAGUCUUAACGCUUCUGAGGAGGAAUCCAACUUGCUUUGAUGUUGUGUCUAAUCAGGCAACCUGUCUGAUGGAUGAUAAGAAAUUUUGAACUACUUUUAGUCUAUUCUCUGGCCUGCUUCAAACACAGAUAAAUUUUUAACCCUUUAUCUCCUAUGUUGUAAUGGAGAUGGAGGAGUAUAGUGAAAAGUUGCUUUUAAAGUAUAAGAUUAGUAUAUUGUGCAGUAUCAUGCAGUCAUCUCUUCACAACUGACAAAAGUUAAUAUAAAUUUAUAAAUCUUAUAAAGUUUUAGGAUAUAAAUAUGCAGUCUGCUAAAACUGAGAGAUUGUUCAGUUCAGGCUUCAGCGGAAAGUUUGGUUGGCUUUAUAACGUGCUGUCCAUUUGCUGCUAGAUUUCUGAGUAUUGACAGUGACUCAAAAUCCACAAAUGCAGCGAGGGACUGAUCUUUUCAAUUAGUUAAAUGUUUUCAAACUUUGAGUUAACCUGCUGAGUCUUGUCAGCAUUUUCUGUUUUUAACUUUUGUUUUAAUUUUUGUAGAUGCAUUGAGGCUGGAAAAUGAAAUAGUUGUUGUUACACUGUCAUUUGCUACAGUACGUUGCAUGACUCAGCCAGCAGACAAGGAAGAAGUGGAUAAUUUACAUUCAGAGUGAGUUUUUGAUUGCGUAGAGCAGGGGUUCCCAACCAUUUUUUUUAAUGCCGUGAAGCAUUACAAUUAACUGAGGGGGUCCAUGGACCCCAUGUUGGGAUCUCCUGGUGGAAUGAUUAUUUUGUUUGAGUCAAAUAGACCCUUGCAAUGGCUUGGUAGUUUUGUAAGCAAAAUGUUGAUGCACACAUGAAGAUUUUUUUCAGAGUGACUUACUUUAGUGACUUCUCUGCUUUUAUUACUAUGUAGGGUCCACAUUUGUAUUUUAUUGAAACUAGAACAUCCUUUGUUUCUCCCCAUGGUUGUGAAAAUUGUAUAAGGAGUUGGGUCUAAUCCUGAGUGUGACUGUGAGGUGAGUAACGGUUAAUGAUGAUAGUGUCCUCGAGGCAAAAACAGAAUGAAAUAAUCACGAGACAGAAGAGACUGCAGAUGCUGGCAUCUGAAGCAAGAAAACUUAAAUGCAAGAGGAAUUCAGCGGACCAAGCAUCAUCUGUGAAGGCAAAGAGAUGGUUAAUACUUUGAAAUGGAGUCUAUCGCUUUGCUUCCAUGGAUACAAUCAGAUACAAGAAGAGUGGAUAUGACAAACUAGAAUGACUGGAUACCACUGAGUCAGGAGUGAAUUCAUUGCUGGAAGGGAACAAAUCCUGAGACAUGGAAACUAUUGGUGAGCGUGUCGAGGUCAGGAAAAGGAAACUUUUACGUCCUUUAAGCAUGCAUAGCAGAACUAUUCUUCCUUCCCAUUGCACACAACUUAGGUUGAUCCCAGUUAACAGUCACUAACUGGGGAAUACGCUUUCGUUAAUUCCGACACUGCUUUAAGAAUAUUUUCAACGCAGUUGAAUUGUGAGCUGUUAGUGUUUCUACUUGCCAGUGAAAAGUAAUUUCAAAAUUAUGCAAAGUAUUUGGGUGUAGCCUGUGAAUCAUAAUACACAUUUGCCCACUAUUUUUUGUUAAAACAUAAACAUAUUAUUUCCCUUUAUUUAUUUGGAAGGAACAAACCUUUAUCAAAGUCAAAGUAAAAUUUAUUGCCAGAGCACAUACAUGUCACCAUGUCACACAUGUCACCUGAUAAUCAUUUUCCUUCUGGCAUAAUCAGCAAAUCUAUAGAGCAGUAACCGUAAACAGGGUCAAUGAAAGAGGAAGAGCAUAGAAGACAACAAAAUGUACAAAUUCAAAUAUAAAUUAGAGCAAUAAAUAAUGAGAGCAUGAAAUAACAAGAUAAAGAGUCCUUGAAAUAAGAUCAUUAGUUGUGGGAACAUCUCAGUAGAUGAGUGUGGUUAGCCCCUUUUGUUGUAGAGUCUGAUGGUUGAGGGGGUGGUAACUGUUCUAGAACCUGGUGUUGCGUGUCCUGAGGCUCUUGUACCUUCGACCUGAUGGCAACAACAAGAAAAGAGUAUGGCCAGGGUAGUGAGGAUCUUUGAUGGCUACUGCUUUUCUGUGACAACAUCUCAUGUAGAUGUGCUCAAUGGUUGGGAGGGCUUUACUCAUGAUGUAUAUGUUUCAUAAGUUAUUACAUAAUGUGAUUUUACUGAUCAGUUGGGGAUAGUUAUAAACAUUCAAAGUGAUUGCAUUUUAUGAUUUAAUUUACAGCACUGCUAGUAUUUAUUAGAUUGAAAUUACUGACAAAAUUAUGAUAAUUGAAUUCUCAUUUUAUAGUUGAUUCAAAUACAUAAUUUAGGCAAAUAUUUUAGGAGUAUCCUAUUUAAAUAUGUGCAUUUUCUAAAAAUUAAAUACUAAUAUUUUACUAAAUUAGUCUUGUUUUCCAUUUACAGUUUAUAUUUCCUCUAAAGUUAAGAAAUUGUCUUGAAAUUUUCUGUUCCAUAUAGAGCCAAUUUUUAAAACUCUUUAUAUACCUAAUCUUUUAUAAAGUCUUGUAUAUGAAAUUUCCCCACUGUACAAUUGUUCAACAGCAGAUUCUUAAAUUAUGGUUGAAGGAUACCUUUUGUAUUUCUAUAGAAUGGCUUCUUUUUAAAUAUUAUCAUCCACAUGAAAUAAACGUUAGUUGAAAAAUGUCUUAAUGCGAAAA